AUGAGCAUCGUCCCCAAGGAGACGAUCGAGGUGAUUGCCCAGAGCAUCGGCAUCCCCUCCCUCCCCGCCGAUGUCUCCGCCGCCCUCGCCCCCGACGUCGAGUACCGCCUCCGGGAGAUCAUGCAGGAGGCCAUCAAGUGUAUGCGGCAUGCAAAGAGGACAGUUCUGACUGCCGAUGAUGUUGACAGUGCUCUGAGCCUGAGGAAUGUUGAGCCUGUAUAUGGAUUUGCAUCUGGUGACCCCUUGCGGUUUAAGAGAGCUGUGGGCCAUAAAGAUCUCUUCUAUAUUGAUGACAGGGAGGUAGACUUCAAAGAGAUUAUCGAAGCUCCUCUACCGAAAGCUCCACUCGACACAGCAGUUGUUGUUCACUGGCUAGCGAUUGAGGGCGUCCAACCUGCUAUUCCAGAGAAUCCUCCUAUCGAUGCAAUUUCAGCACCAACUGAAAAUAAAAGGACAGAGCAUGCGAAGGAUGAUGGACUACCAGUUGACAUCAAGCUUCCUGUUAAGCAUAUAUUAUCUAGAGAACUCCAGAUGUACUUUGAUAAAAUAGCAGAGCUUACUAUGAGUAGAUCAAGCACCCCAGUUUUUAGAGAAGCAUUAGUGAGCCUGUCUAAAGACUCAGGCCUUCAUCCGUUGGUUCCUUACUUUUCGUACUUCAUUGCAGAUGAGGUUACCAGGAGUUUGGCCGACCUCCCUGUUCUAUUUGCUCUCAUGCGUGUUGUCCAAAGCCUUCUCCGUAAUCCUCACAUUCAUAUUGAACCAUAUUUCUGUUUUCAGCAUAUUACUUCUAAAAGGGCAACACUUGUUUAUUGCCAGUUGCAUCAGUUGAUGCCAUCAAUGAUCACUUGCAUCGUCGCGAAAAGGCUUGGGCACAGGCUUUCAGACAACCAUUGGGAGCUUAGAGACUUCUCUGCCAAUUUGGUUGCUUCAGUAUGUCGGAGGUAUGGUCAUGUGUACCACAAUCUCCAAAUCCGGUUAACAAAGACACUGGUCCAUGCAUUUCUUGACCCUCAUAAAGCAUUGACGCAACAUUAUGGUGCUGUUCAAGGGAUAUCUGCAUUGGGGCCCAGUGUGAUUAGGCUUCUGCUUUUGCCCAACCUCCAGACGUACAUGCAACUUUUGGAUCCUGAAUUACAACUUGAGAAGCAAUCAAAUGAAAUGAAACGAAAGGAAGCAUGGCGUGUUUACGGUGCCCUGCUGUGUGCUGCAGGCAAAUGCUUGUAUGAGCGGCUUAAGUUAUUUCCUAAUUUGCUCUCUCCGCCAACUCGGCCACUUCUGAGGAGUAAUAGCAGAGUUGCAACAAACAACCCAAAUAAACGGAAGUCUAGUACAGACCUCUCUGCGUCUCAGCCACCUCUGAAGAAGAUGGCGUCGGACGUAUCAAUGAGUCCCAUGGGUUCAGCAGCUACAGUGGCAGGAAACAUGCCAGGAAGCAUGGAUGGGUUCUCCGCCCAGCUACCCAACCCCAGCAUGAUGCAAGCCUCAUCCUCCGGACAGAAGGUAGAAAGCAUGACAACAGCAGGCGCGAUCCGGAGAGACCAGGGAAACAACCACGCGCAAAGGGUCUCCACAGUGCUGAGGCAGGCCUGGAAGGAGGACCAAGACGCCGGGCAUCUCCUGGGGUCGCUGCACGAGGUGUUCGGUGAAGCCAUCUUCUCGUUCAUCCAGCCACCGGAGCUAUCCAUCUUCCUGUAG